AUGGAUAAUGUAAUAAAUGUACACAUACGAUCUCAAUGUCCUCUUUUAAUGUUUUAAGAUUCGAGUCCCAGAUUAAAAGGACCUUUAUAUUAUAAAAGGCUUCAUAAAAAAUCAACUGAGUUUCUUAUAACAAACGAAACGUACAACAAGUGUACAGAAAAGACUUGGAGAAUACAAAUGAGACCAUUGCUGAUACCUGAUUUAAUGGGGAAGAGCCAAAUUCAAACACCGAAAUAUAAAUGUUUACAUGGUCACAAGAGCCAUAGAUCCCAAAGUUGUGAUGAAAAGAUUUAUGGUUCAUAUGGAAGCAAAUGGCGUAGAUUAAUUUCUUAAGGUUUGUUCUAUGUGAAGCAACUGCGACAUAAAUAAAUUAUAUAUCGAUUUAAGAUAUAUGUGAGAGCAGUUUAACUCGUUUUAGCUUACUUUAAAUAUAAGAAGAUAAGAUCACAGCAUCAAAAGAAUAGUAAGAGAAUCUCCAAGCCAAGAGUCUCAAUUGCAAAACCAAGGAAACAAUCAGGAUAAUCCACAUUAAUUUCACUUCCUCAAUUUUAUUAAACUGACGCUUUGUAAAUGUUGCAUCAGUUGCAUAAUGAAUCCAGAUCUGAAAUCCAUAGUCCCUAAUCUUAAUUUGACAGGUAAAAAUAGAAAACCCUAUCUCAAAUGAACUUCGACAACUUCUUAAAACGACCCAUAUAACAAUUUAUAAAAAACAAGAAUCUUUCUUCAUUAUCAGAACACAAAUCAGCUUAACCUAGUAAGAGAACUUGUAAAACAGAACACAGUUUAAAACGAUUUGCCAGUAUGUAGUCACUGCAUCGAAAAUUACAAAUGUCAUAAGCAUAUCAAACACAACACUGA